AGCCGGCUCCGUCAUUCCAGUGCCUCUAUUUCAGGCUGUAAUACAAGUGUUGAAACACAAUGGCCCGGACCAAGCAGACAGCGCGCAAAUCGACCGGAGGGAAAGCUCCUCGCAAACAACUGGCGACCAAAGCGGCGCGGAAGAGCGCUCCAGCCACGGGCGGAGUGAAGAAGCCUCACCGCUACCGGCCCGGCACCGUGGCUUUGCGGGAGAUCCGGCGCUACCAGAAAUCCACCGAGCUGCUCAUCCGUAAACUGCCCUUCCAGCGCCUGGUGCGUGAGAUCGCUCAGGACUUCAAGACAGACCUGCGCUUCCAGAGCUCGGCCGUCAUGGCCCUGCAGGAGGCCAGCGAGGCUUACCUGGUGGGGCUCUUUGAGGACACCAACCUGUGCGCCAUCCACGCCAAGCGAGUCACCAUCAUGCCCAAAGACAUCCAGCUGGCCCGCCGCAUCCGCGGGGAGCUCCUGACUGUGAGAGACAACUUGUGCAGAGUUGCUGAUAUGAGCGAGACCGCAGCCGCCGAAGCGGCUCCUCCGCCCGCCCAAACCAAGGCUCCCAGGAAGAAGGCGGCGGCCGCCCGGAAAAAGACCGCCGGUCCCAAGCUGGGAGAACGCAUCGACAAGAUUGUUGCGGAUUGCCACGAACGGCGAGGAAUGUCUCUGGUGGCGGUAUCGAAGGGACUGGCCGCCAGCGGUAUCGAUGUUGAAAAGUACCACAAGCUCAUCAAGGUGACCAUCAAGCGGAAAUUGGAAACCGGUUCCCUGGUUCAGACCAAGGGCAAGGGCGCCUCGGGCUCCUUCAAGGCCGCUGCGAAAGAAGGUGCCGUGAAAAUGGCAAAGAAAGCCAAGAAACCAGCGUCCAAGGUUUCGAAGACCAAAAAUCCGACCGUCAAAAAAACCCCGUCCAAGAAACCACCGGCAAAGAAAAUGUCCAAGAAAACUGUCAACAAGAAAUCUCCCGCCAAGAGAGUUGUGGUAAAGAAAUCUCCCGCCAAGAGAGUUGGAGCCAAGAAACCAACACCUAAGAGACCAGUGGCUAAGAAAUCAGCGGCCAAGAGCCCCAGGAAGGCCCCAGUCACUAAGGUGAAAGUGGUCAAGACGUCCAGAAAAGCGCCGAAGCCGAAACCAGCGGCAAAAGUCCUGAAGAAAACGAGCACAAUGGCCCGGACCAAGCAGACAGCGCGCAAAUCGACCGGAGGGAAAGCUCCUCGCAAACAACUGGCGACCAAAGCGGCGCGGAAGAGCGCUCCAGCCACGGGCGGAGUGAAGAAACCUCACCGCUACCGGCCCGGCACCGUGGCUUUGCGGGAGAUCCGGCGCUACCAGAAAUCCACCGAGCUGCUCAUCCGUAAACUGCCCUUCCAGCGCCUGGUGCGUGAGAUCGCUCAGGACUUCAAGACAGACCUGCGCUUCCAGAGCUCGGCCGUCAUGGCCCUGCAGGAGGCCAGCGAGGCUUACCUGGUGGGGCUCUUUGAGGACACCAACCUGUGCGCCAUCCACGCCAAGCGAGUCACCAUCAUGCCCAAAGACAUCCAGCUGGCCCGCCGCAUCCGUGGGGAGCGCGCUUAAACUCGGAACCAAGGACAACAAAAGGCUCUUUUAAGAGCCACCAACCCGGCUGUGGAAAGAGCUGUGUCCUCCUGUUCAUUGUCCUCUUACAUUACGGUCCCGGCAUUUCUUACCACAACUGGCACCGCAGUCACAGCUGCCGAGCGGAGUCUGACCCCACGGGCUCCAGUGUCCCGGACGGACCCGGUUACCAUGUGAAUCCCCUUGUGACGCGUUCUCGUCUCCCCAAGAACAAACUCCUUUAUUGAUCAGUUCCCCCGCGUCACACGUCAUUAUUCGGCCCUUCCACAGACACCGUGAGUUGUCCUGAAUUAAUGUCUGGGUCACUGGGUUGUUUUAUCCUUCACAUGCUGUACCCAGCUGUACAUUGUAUCUUUACAGUGGCGGCCCGGGCUAUCAGCGGGACUUUAUUUAGCAACGUUCCACGCUCGCUAUUACUGAGCGGAAUCUCACGCCGCUGAUCCAAUGUCUCGGGUAGAUCUGUUUAUGUUGUAAAUCUCAUAGCGACUAUGUGUACACGACCCGAGAAAACCGCGCCCGCUGUUUGCUCUUCGCCUCCUUUGUGAAGUACGCUGCUUUCACCGACAACAAAUGUCUGUAGUACGCACAGAAAUGGCGCGAAAAACAACUGUCGGCCUUGCAGUAAACCAGAAUUGUUCUGGUUUAUUUUCUAUAUCCUUACCUAGGAGAGUGAGCACGUCAUAUACCUUCCUCACCAGUGUAUUCCACAGGGCUGCAUCCUAUGUCAAACCCCAAUGUCUGUUCUUCAACAUUCCUUGUAAUCCCUCUGCUAUGUCCAGCCCCCCUACACCUCAAUACUCCUCCAGGAAGGUCGUGAGGCUCUCUGGUUUACCCUGAACACAGACCCAAUUAGUUUUCUCUAUUAUCCGCCUUAUCCAGUCCCUCCCGACCACCCUUUGAGACACCUCACACGUCCAACUCUUGAAUAACUUGCAAUUUCAAGGACCACAUUGGCUCAUCUAAAUUAUGUUUUAUUUUUAAUUGUCUACUGUAUAUUGUGUUGUUACUUGUGGGCAAAGCACCAAGGCAAAUUACUUGUAUGUAUACAUAAUACUUGGCUAAUAAAAUGUAUUAAA